GUUGCGUGGUUUGUUUUCGUCUGACAGACAGCUACUAACAAUUUAAUAUACGGAUUGAAUUUGCUUUUUUUUACGUUUUAUUGGAAUAUAUUCCUUACGUAUUUUCUGAUAUUUCUGAAUAUUCAAGGUAACGCGUUUCAUCGUCUUAUGAUAUUUUGAGUUCGUGCUCUGGAACCGGAUUGUUGGACGUAGAGAUGUCAGGUGGGCGGUUAGUAGUGCUGGACAGGCUUGGGAGGGAAGUGAAACGGUUCCCAUUGACAUCUGGACUGGCCACACUGGGCAGUCAUCCUCGCUGUGAUAUACGUGUUAUGCUGCCCUCAGUUAGUCCUCACCAUGCCACAGUCGUAGUACAUGCUAAUCAGUAUUAUAUAACACUUAAAUCACACAGUCGCGCAUUCGCCGCUCGAUUGGCGCGCGAGUGGUGCGUUGCACCGCUUCGUCAUUGCCACCGCGGACGUACAUUUUGCGGCCUCUGA